UGGAAAAUGACAGCUGCUCCAGCUCCAAUCAAAUUUUUCUAUAAUUUCGAAUAGUAUUCGCAAUGUUCAUGUUUGAAUUCCACAAUUUACUGGAUCAGGUGGAAUGAUUUCGUUUUCCCGUCAUUGUGAUUUGCGGUUUUAUUCAACGCCUUCGAAUUGUGAAUCAAUUCAUUGGGUACAGUAAAAUAAUUCUUCAGGAGUCAGAAUAGCCCAGAAGAAUGUCUAUUGAAGAUGAAACAGAACUGAAGGAUUUGCUUUUGCAGACCCUCAGUGAAAAUGGUAGUUUAGCUAAAAUCAAGGCCCAACUGCGAGCAAGUGUGUUCUUAGCACUUGAAGAGGACAUAAAUACAAGUAGUCGAAAACCUUUGCUGAAUGAAAAAAUCAAAUCAAGUUUGAAUACACCUGAAGGUCAGCUGAUGUUUUGUAUAGUGAAAGAAUUCUUGGAGUUCUUCAAUUUACAAUCUACCAUGGCAGUAUUUGAUGCUGAAUCUUACCUGGGAGUUUCAUAUGACUACAAAGAUCGAGGAAAAAUAUCAAAAGAUUUAGGUUUGCAAUUUCAAGAUAAUACUGCUCCUUUACUUCAAAGUAUUAUUCAAAUCGCUCAACAAAAACCUAGAACUUUGGAGGUUAAUCUCAAUAUCAAUGAAAAACAUGCUGAAACUGUAGAAAAUAAUAUAAGUAGUGGUUCUAAUUCAAUUAAGACUGAAACUAGUAUGAGUGAUGAAAAUAGUGAUAGUGGAACCUCUGAUGUGAAAAAUAAUAGGAUAAAUCGUUAUCACAAAGAAAUUUCAGGGGAUGUCAGUUCUGAAUAUGAUCAAGAAAAUGAAUACAAUGUAAGUUUGAAUAAAACAUUUACUACUGAAUCAAGAGAAACAUUGAAUAGUUCAGAAAAUUCCAUAAAUGGUAAUGGUGAUUCAAUGUAUGAUGGACAAGGGAACGUUUCAGAGGUUCUAAAUAAUACAACCCAAACUACUAUUCCUAUUUCAGCACCAGAUAAACAUGAUGAAGUUACUGCUCCAGUUGUGAAAGAUUUGAAAAUAUCCCCUGAAAGAGUUAAGUCUCCCCCUAAGUCUGAUAAAUUUAAAUCAAAAAAUAAUCUCAACUCUUUAUCAGAUCUCCCCCCUCUUACGAUGAAUAAGUCAUUAUCAGGAAAAAUUUUACCAUCCCUUUACACUAAAGAAUUUCGUGAGAAACCAAAUUCAUAGUGAUUACUUGUUAUUUCCGUUCAUAAUAGGGCAUUUUUUGUACUUAUUAGUUAGGGGACUUUAAUAUACAGUGUCUUGUCGGGAGAGCCCAUUGGAAUUCUACAGAGAGAUAAAUAUUGGAUCUGUUUGAAAUGAAAUUUUGUGCAAAGACCUGCAAAAUAUUUGAAAGUAUUUACAACUUCCAAUUAUACAGGAAAUCGAAAUAAAUUGGCUUAUUUAAAUAUUAUUACAUUUUUGAAUUAAUUUCAAAUUCUACAUUCUACAUUAAUUUCAAGUGUUCCAUUUGAAAUAAGAUUAAGAUAUUUGAUAUCUAUUUCUGGUCUAGCUGGAAGUCAUGAGUCUGCAAAUAUUUCAAAAAGGUAGGUUCAUCUUUGCACUAAAUUUCAAACAGAUCCAAUAUAUUUUUCUCCGUACAAUUUUAAUGGACAUUUCUGGUGGAAACCCCUGCAUAUGAAACUAUUAUUUCACAAUAGGUUACUCAUUUUAAAAUAACUAUAUUGAAUGGAGUUUUUCGAUUUAUUUCAAUUAGAAAUGAAGAUCUGCUCACAGAUCGUGGUUAUCAGUUGUCAAUGAUUUUGAAAAAAUCAUUCAAAAGAAACAACUUCAUUCAAUUCAUCAAGCUGUAAAUCUGCUAAAAAUGAAGAUGUAAUGUGUAACUUCUGUAUACACAUACCAUAUACAUACCUCAACAUUCCUAAUAAAAUUUGGUACAAUAUAAAGUUUUAAUAAGCCAAAAAUGUUUCAUUACAUUUUGUAGAACAGUUGUUAUUUCAUGUAUUUGAUAACAGUUCAUUUAAUAGUAAUUUGGUUGUAUAAAUUAACAAACACAAAGUGAGAUUCCUUGGAAAGAUAAAACUUGUUUCACUUUUAUUCAAAAUAUAUUUCUUCAUCAAGAAAGUUUUCUACAAUUAAUUAUAGAAUAAUUUACGCCCAAUUGGGCGUAAAUCUUUUGCUUGAAUGUAAUAUUGGUAAGUGAUGAAAUGAAGUAGGAUAAUUAAAAUUGAUGCUCCAUCUUCUGGAAUCAAACAAAACAAGGUAUUUAAUAUUUGAGUACCUAAAGAAUAAUUUCAUCACAAAUUAAAUAAUGCUGAAAUUUACACCAAAAUAUGCUGCCAUUUGUUGAGUCAAACAAAAUGAAGAACAGUUUUUUUCAAUAAAAUUUGUUAUCAUUUUACUUCUUACGUGUUAUCUUUGAAGUGUGUAAAAUAAAUUCUACAAGAAUAUUUCUGGCGUUAUGAAGGCUUAUUAAUUUUUGUGGCAGCUAGUUUUUAUAUUGAUUUUCCUGUUUAUUGUUAGGAUAACUCUGAUGUGUACAGAAUUUGAUUCUUCUCAUUGUUGAGGGAAACAGUAUUUUCUUACUAUGUAAUCUUAUUUAUAUUCCUAGACAGUACUUAACAGUUUAUUUUUGUUUUAUAUGUUAAUGUAUACAUUUUUCAUCCAAUAUGUUUCAUCUAUAGACUAAUAAUGAGUUAUUGAUUAAUCUAUGGUUUCACAACUCCUGUUUAUUUUACAGCAGGGUUCUCAUUAAUUUGCUCAAAUCCUAAAAACUAUUUAACUAGAGUAAAUUUCAAAUAGUCCGUUGUACUAUUGGACUGCUUGUAAUUUUUUGUGGUGAACACAUUUUCUUCAAUAGUGAAUCCUAUUAUUUUCAUUGAAGGAAAGUUGGUGCCAUACUGAGAAAUGGUUAUAUUUUUCUAUUAUAAAUAAAAAUGUUAUAAUAUA